AUGGCAGAUGGUGCUAUGGCUAUGACGCUGGGCCCGACUGCUGCCGUUCUUCCACCACCACCACCACCACAUCAAGACGUCUCAAGAUAUCGCUGUCUUCGCGGGAAGAGCGUGUCAUCUCCACGCGAUUUUGACGUAUUUCAAGACGGAAAAUGCAGUUCUGACGGCGACUCAAGUUCUUCUGGGUCAGACGAGUACAGUUUUACCAGUUCUUUGAGAUCUCGUUCAAAGAGUGUUUCGACUCUCCGCAGCGUAUUUCUGAGGUCUCAGGAACCGCCGCCGCCCAUGCCGCCACUUCCAGCAAAGGUGCUGAACCCUAAGCCGAUCAAUAUUUCAGCCCAGUCUAGCCUCAAGAUUUUGGAGAACUUAAAAUCGCCCAUUUUCAGUUCAGAACACCCACAAUGGAGAUCGAUCGCCAUCAUCAAUAAAGAGGCAGCCAAUGAGGACGGCAGCAGGCAAAACCGGGAUGGCGCCGCUGCGGGUCCAGGUCCUCAAUCCCAAGACCAAGAAGACUUGGACCAGUCCGACCACCAUAAAGACCAUCGCAAGGACAAUCAAAAGGACUGGUUCCGGCUGCAAACUCCUGACAGCGCGGACGAAUCCGCGGCCGACGACAAUCCCAAGGAGGCAGACGGCGACUGCGCUGCUGUUUCGGACGUCAACAACCAUCACCGUCGAAGCAACGAGGGCGCCGCCACGGGUGACACAAGUCUUUUAGCAGAUGAGGUCGCUCGCCUUGAGGCUGAGACGGAUAGAAUUCUAGCUGAACAAAAGAAGCUGGAACUUGCGCGACUUCAAGCACAGCUCGUCACACCUCCGCCGAAACCAAAGCGCCCACUCCUUGAAAAACUCACCUUUUUCUCUCGAAGUAAACGAUCUACAGGUGCCAACAGCCAGCCUGGCACACCCAGCACAAUUGUGUCGGCCAUCUUCUCUCCAGCCUUCAGUCAAUCCAGCCGUGACAGUAGCAUCGAAGAACCACCAACACACCCACUUCCUGAAUUCAAGAUGAGUUUCAUUGAACGAGGAGGCAAGGGUAUUGUGCCGCAAACUGACGCGCCAGUGUCCGCUAGCAAUGGCGGAGAGAGACGUGUAGUUGUGCGAUGCCUUUCUUCCACAAUUAACCUGGCUGUCACAGCAGAGACUUCUCCCGUUGACAUACUGAAAACGACGGCUGAUAUGACACGACACAAUAUCAGCCCGGCAACGAGUGUCAUUGUAGAGUGUUACUUUGUUCUUGGGCUCGAGCGUCGUCUCCGUCGAUAUGAGCGCGUGCGCGACGUCAUGAACUCUUGGGACCGAGACCAACAAAAUGCCCUCCUGAUCCUGACCGGUGAUUCUGCAAAGAGCGACCAGGAUCUAGAUUUGGAAUCUGUUCCUCGCACAGACGAGCCCCCUCAAGGUUUUUCUAUGCAACUUCAUCAUUCGUCAAAGCCUGGCAAAUGGAACAAACGUUGGGUGACGCUUCUGGAUAACGGACAGAUAUAUGCAGCUAAAUCGCCCAAUUCUCAGCCAUCUGACAAGGACAGCAAUGUGCUGUGCCAUCUGACAGACUUUGACAUCUACGCCCCUAAGGAAAGUGAGAUGCGCCGCAAUCUCAAACCGCCAAAGAGGUUCUGUUAUGCCAUCAAGAGUCAGCAAAAGACGGUUGUGUUUGCCAACGGCGAGAACUUUGUGCACUUUUUCUCAACUGAUGAUUCGCUGCAAGCAGCUUCUUUUUAUGACAAAGUACAUGCUUGGCGAAGCUGGUACCUGGUCAAUCGCAUGGUUGAUCUCCAGACGAGGAGCCGAGCUCCGCAAAUUUCAUAUGACCCCAAGGCCAACAAUCCUGUGAGCCCAAAGAGGAGCACAGUGGGCAGUAGAGGUAGUACCAGCGCACGGGCUUCUAUAGUGGAAGAGGAGGUAGUUGACGAACCGCUGAUGAAUGUCAAUGCAUUUCGUAUGAGCAAAAUUGUCAUCACACCGGAAGACAUCAAGAGCAACAAGACUGCUGCUGUCAGAUCAAAGUCUGUUCAUCGAUCGGGCACGUUGAAGAAGAAUGGCGCCGCCAACCUCGAGGUCCCCAAGACUGUCAGGGAAGAGGAACCAGAGUUUGCAACUGGCGGUUUGCUUGGCAGUACCUAUGACAAGCUCAAACAAACCGACGCUGCCAGUGUGGCGUCAUCUUCCAAGACCGGUUCUGACGGCCCAUUCACCGAGGCCCCGUCUCUUCUGAAUGGCGGCAUUUCCAAAUCCUCAUCGGAUGCAUCUGAUCAAAUGAAGAGGCAGGUUGAGGAAGAGGAGAAGAACAACGAAGCUACAUCCUGGUUCCCUUCUGCUGCGGAGCACUCGGCUCGUGUUCGAAGCCAAGUCGUCCACCAACCAUCACCACCGCACCUUCGCAGACCAAUGACCGCCGAUACGGCAGGUAAUGCACCGGCCGCUCGCCGAGAGAGGCAGCCGGCACCGCUGCUCAGCUUUACAAAUGAUUUCCCCGAACCUCCACGAUUUCGUGAAGGGCCAGCAGGCGUCAGACAAGUUCCUGGCCAGCCUCUGAUUAACUUUGCGUCAGGCGGCGCAACCAGAGAGCCUCGUGACAGUGCUCCUCGACAGAACGUAUCUCGUCGGGGUCUCCCUGCCUCAAAUGCUGGUGGUUUGGCAACCUCGCCUCCUCCUCAGCACCCCCCACCACCUCCCGGACCCCGAUUUCGUAGUAAAUCGGCCGUCACACAACGACGAUAUAACCCUAACGAAGCUAAUCAUCCUCCAAUGCCGGCUAUGCCUAACAGACGUCAUCCACACCAUGCUGAACCCCGUGGCCCACCAAGAUUUCCUGCUCCGGAGCCGCUGGUGAACAGGGCCAAGUAA